AUGUAUGCCGCAAUCGCAGGCUCGGCCUUCGAGCUUCUGAAGAGGCAAUCUGAGGAAGAAGAUCCUGAUGCACCCGAUUCAUCGCAGAAGGAAAUAUUCUCAUCAUGGGCUCUCUUCAUCUUAAUUAUGUUACUCAUCGUAGCUCUCUUUACAAGUUAUUUGCUUCAGAUUAAGAAAGUUGAAGCUGUUCAUGAAACCUCCAUUUCUAUCUUUGCUGGUAUGACCAUUGGUUUGAUCCUUCGAGUCAGCGCCGGAAAUUCAAUACAAAGUCUUGUGAGCUUCGAUGAUCAGAUAUUCUUCAAUCUACUUCUGCCACCGAUUAUUCUAGCGUCCGGAUACGAAUUACAUCAAGCGAAUUUCUUCCGAAAUAUUGGGACAAUUCUUACGUUUGCGUUUGCCGGGACUUUCAUAUCGGCAAUUGUGCUAGGAUUGGUAUUAUGGUUGUAUACAAGAAUUCCCCUUGAUGGAGUUAGUAUGACCUUCGUCGAUGCCAUAUCUGUUGGAGCAACACUUUCUGCCACCGAUCCUGUUACCAUUUUGGCCAUUUUCAACACCUACAAGGUCGACCCAAAACUUUAUACAGUCAUCUUCGGAGAAUCAAUCCUCAAUGACGCCAUCGCAAUUGUAUUAUUCGAAACAGCACAAAAGUAUAAAGAGGGUGGGAAUGCAGGAACCCUGGGCCUCCUAAGUUUAUUCGAAGGUAUCGGCAUUUUCUUGGCGGUGUUCUUCGGAAGCUUGAUUAUUGGAAUCAUUAUUGGAAUCGCUACAGCUUUGGGUUUAAAGUAUACAUAUGUCAGGAGAUUCCCAAAGAUUGAAAGCUGUUUGAUUGUAUUGAUCGCUUAUGCCAGCUAUUUUUUCUCAAAUGGCCUCCAUAUGUCUGUUACCGUCAUUGGAAUCUGCGUCGCUCGAUAUGCGGCUGUUUUUCCUCUGUCGAGACUCAUUAAUUGGUUCCUUAGAUAUCGCGCAAAGAAAAGAGGACAAGAGGUCGCAGAUGAAUUACCUUACAAUUAUCAAGUAAUGUUAUUCUGGGCCGGAUUACGUGGAGCUGUUGGUGUCGCGUUGGCAGCUGGAAUGACAGGCGAGAAUUCAUGGGCUCUGAAAGCAACCGUCCUUGUGGUUGUAGUGCUCACUGUUAUUAUUUUCGGUGGUACCACAGCACGUAUGUUGGAAAUCCUUGGAAUUCGUACUGGAGUAGUCGAGGAAAUUGAUAGUGAUGACGAAUUCGAUAUUGAAGCUAUUUCGGGAGGAAACUAUUACAAGCAUUCUGGAUCCGGAAUUGGCAAUGAUCCAAGGCGAAGUAACGGUUCAAUGCAACUCGAUGGUCUUGCUAGACCAGGAAAUCGUAGAGGAGCGGAACGUGGAAGUUAUGCAAGUGGUAACGCUAGCCCAGAUGUUAGAUCGGCAAGCAUGAGUCGAAAGGGUUCCAAUGGAAGAAAAGAAAACGAAAGUGAACAGGAUCUUCUUGGUAGAACUGGUAGUACAAGUGAUGAAGAAUUUGAUAGCGAUUCAUCUGAUCUUCCACCACCAGCCAAUCGACCACCGAAAAGAAGACCAUCACCACCUCAAGAUAGUAGUGACAUGGGAACACCUUACCCAACUUCAGGCAGUACGAAUCGUCCUGAAGCACCACAUAUUACAGCUUCAGGUGCAAUCAGUCAAUUGUUACAUGGAACAGCCGAGGAUCAUGCAGCAUGGUUCAAACAAUUAGAUGAAGGAUUCAUCAAACCAAAGUUACUUCUUGAUGGAGGUAAGGGUCCAUAUGGUGGACCAAGCGGGAGUUAA